GCCAGUUGUUCGUUGACCAACAUGAAGCUCUUUGUUUUCCUAGCCUGUCUGGCUGUCGCCUCUGCCGGAGUGGUGCCCUCCGAGUCCGCCAGGGCUGUCCCAGUGAAGGACAUGCCACGCGCCGGCAAGAUCGAGGGUCGCAUUACCAAUGGAUACCCGGCCUACGAGGGCAAGAUUCCCUACAUUGUCGGACUGAGCUUCAACGAUGGCGGCUACUGGUGCGGGGGUUCCAUCAUCGACCACACCUGGGUCCUGACCGCAGCCCACUGCACGAACAGCGCUAACCAUGUGCUCAUCUACUUCGGAGCCAGCUUCCGUCACGAGGCCCAGUACACCCACUGGGUGAGCCGCAGCGACAUGAUCCAACAUCCCGACUGGAACGACUUCCUGAACAACGACAUCGCUCUGAUCCGCAUCCCCCACGUGGACUUCUGGAGCUUGGUCAACAAGGUGGAGUUGCCCAGCUACAACGAUCGCUACAACAGCUACUCCGGCUGGUGGGCAGUGGCCUCUGGAUGGGGUCUGACAGACAACAACAGCGGCAUGUCCAACUACCUGAACUGCGUCGAUGUCCAGAUUAUUGACAACAACGACUGCCGCAACUACUACGGUAGCAACUACAUCACCGACAACACCAUCUGCAUCAACACCGACGGCGGCAAGUCCUCCUGCAGCGGUGACUCCGGUGGUCCCUUGGUCCUGCACGAUAACAACCGCAUCGUGGGCAUCGUAUCCUUCGGCAGCGGAGAGGGCUGUACCGCCGGCCGCCCCGCCGGAUUCACUCGUGUCACCGGAUACCUGGACUGGAUCCGCGACCACACCGGCAUUGUCUACUAAGAACUGUGUUUUGAUAAAGCAAUCAUAUAAAAAGCUAUUUAAUUUCUUCUGUUUGCAUAUACUUAAAGUGUUGCCCAAGUGGUCUUGUUAAAUUGAGUGGGAAGUUCCGAUCAAAGAACAGGGAACGAUCAAGGUGUAAAAUCAGUACUCGAUAAGCACCGUAGGCCUCCAGCGAUAAGUUGGCUUUUAAGUACUGAAUGUAAAUUAUAAAUAUGGCCAUUAUUUAUUGGCUCUGAUUUAUUAGGAAUUCAAAGACAUUUAAAAACAUCGCCUCAUGUGGGACCCUACUACCAAUAUCUUAUCUUCACACAGUUGAACCUCUAGUUUGUCAAAUUUUUAUUUACUUUUAAUAUACUUAAAAGUAUAUCGUUUCUUUAUUGUAUUAAAAAAGGCGAUUUUGUAUUCAGAUUAUUGAUAGAACUUUUAAAGGUAACUAAAUUGGAUAAGCAAUAUGUUAGGAAUAUUAGCAAAGAUAGAUAGGCCACGGAAACUUCAUCAGGUUCGUGGCAAAAUGCCAUAGUUUUGAAAACAACAAAAUCGAUACAAAACGCGAGGGCCGU